AUGCCAAUUUCUUCUAAUUUGUCAUCCAUAAAUGAGGAACGACAUGCUUUGCUCCAGAGCGGUUGGUGGAACCAUAACCUAAGUAUCUCACGCCAUUGUGAAUGGGUAGGUAUUACUUGUAAUGAAGCUGGAAGUGUUACAGAGAUAGAUCUAUAUGAUCCUCCAUCCAAAGAAUUGCGGCGGAUUCAGAACUUGAACCUCACUGCCUUCCCCAAUUUAGUCGUUCUAGAUCUAUAUGGAAUGGGUCUUACAGGAAGCUUUCCAACAGAAGUAACCACACUUAAAAACCUUACCUAUCUUUAUCUAACCCAUAAUCAUCUUCAUGGUUCAAUACCGGUCCAAGUAGGAAAUUUGACACAAUUAGUGGAUUUGUGUCUUUAUAAUAAUUCACUAACGGGUUCAAUUCCUUCUACUUUGGGUAAAUUGAAGAAUUUGCAGUAUCUCCUUCUUUCGUUCAACCGACUUGAAGGAACCAUACCAACAGAACUGGGGAACUUAACACAAUUGAAAGAAUUUUAUCUUUCAAACAAUUUACUCAACGGUUCAAUCCCUUCUACUUUGGGUCAGUUAGAGAAUUUGACUAUUCUUUUCCUUGAUUCUAACCAUAUUCAAGGUCCCAUACCAGUGGAAUUUGGAAAUUUAAAAUGUUUAGAAAAGUUAUUUCUAUCAAACAAUUUACUUACUGGUUCAAUUCCUCCUUCUUUGGGUAAAUUGAAGAAUUUGACGGAUCUUUUUCUUGAUUCUAACCAAAUAGAAGGUCACAUACCACUAGAACUUGGGAAUUUGUCCAAUUUAGACUGUUUACAUCUUUCACAUAAUAAGAUGUCUGGUUUAAUACCUCUAAAACUUUUUCAAAUGGACAAUCUGCGUUCUUUAUAUCUCUCAUCAAAUCAGUUAUGUGGCCCAAUCCCACUAGAGAUGAUGAAAUGUCCCUCUAUGACAACAAUUGAUUUAAGUCACAACUUGCUAAAUGGAAGUAUAUCUUCCCAAAUUGCUUGUGUAAAUUACCUUGACCUUAGUCACAACUUUUUUAGUGGUGAGAUUCCAUCUCAUUUGGGAACGAACUCCAUGCUAAAUUGGUUGGAUCUUAGUUAUAAUAAUUUCACAGGAAAACUACACACGGCACUUGCUACUCUAUCAUAUAUAAAUCUUUCAUACAACUCUUUUGACUAUUCACAAGACCUUGAAUCACACUUACCAAAUUAUUGUUCUUUCCCAACAAGCUCACUAAUCAGUCACAACCCACCAAAUUUUGCAUCUUGUGAUCCUUCCCUCCAAAUCCAAACCAAUUCUCCAACUAGUAAAACUAAGCCUAUCAUUGUAAUUAUUUUCCCUAUCAUCUUUAUCAUUCUUUGUGUAAUUCUUCUAGCCUUAUAUUUCACAAGAAGCAAGUCUAGAACCAAAGUUGAAGGAGGAUUAGCAAAGAAUGGAGACUUGUUUUCUAUAUGGAACUAUGAUGGAAAAAUUGCAUUUGAAGAUAUCAUUGAAGCAACCGAGGACUUUCACAUCAAGUAUUGCAUUGGGACUGGUGCAUAUGGUAGUGUCUAUAGAGCUCAAUUGCCGAAUGGCAAAAUUGUUGCAUUGAAGAAACUACACCAAAUGGAAUCUCAAAAUCCAUCUUUUGACAAAAGUUUUCGCAAUGAAGUCAAGAUGUUAACAGAAAUUCGUCAUAAAAAUAUUGUAAAGCUUCAUGGUUUUUGCCUCCACAAUCGAUGCAUGUUUCUAGUCUAUCAAUACAUGGAAAAAGGUAGCUUAUUUUAUGUCUUGAAUAAUGACGUAGAAGCUAAGGAGUUGAAUUGGAGUAAAAGGGUGAAUAUCAUUAAAGGAAUGGCACAUGCUUUGUCCUACAUGCACCAUGACUGUACCCCACCAAUUAUUCAUCGAGAUGUAACAAGUAGCAAUGUUUUGUUAAACUCACAAUUAGAGGCAUUUGUCUCAGACUUUGGCACUGCUAGACUCCUUGAUCCCGAUUCUUCAAAUCAAACCUUGGUAGUUGGCACAUAUGGCUAUAUUGCCCCAGAGCUUGCCUACACAUUCAUUGUGACAGAAAAAUGUGAUGUUUAUAGUUUUGGAGUGGUAGCUUUAGAAACAUUAAUGGGAAGGCAUCCUGGAGAGCUAAUCUCAUCUUUAUCAAACCCAACUACUCAAAACAUGUUGUUGAAAGAUCUCUUGGAUUCACGUCUUCCCCUUCCUCGCUUUCAAAAAGAUGCUCAAGAUAUAAUGCUUGUGGUAGCAAUAACAUUGGCAUGUUUGUGUUCCAAACCGAAGUUCAGACCAUCAAUGCUACAAGUGGCUAAGGAACUCUCUAGUUUCAAAUUGUCAUUGUCUUUGCCUCUCCAUGAAAUUUUGAUCCAUCAAUUGAUGACUAUAAAAGAUACGAUCCAAGUGUCAAUGAAAUCUGGUAAUCAAAUGCAUUUUUCUAGUUUUCAGUGA